AUGCAAGCAGUUGAACAUCUUCCGAAAAGUCAGGCCAACAGCGGAAAGAUUCCGCUAGAAGACUUGAAAACCGAUUCAUAUAAUAACGACAUCGAAGGAACAAAAGAAGUAAUAUACCUAUACAUUCAACCAAGAAGAAUAAGCAUCUACGCUCCAAAGUUUAAAUAUGGACCAAAUCGUCAAUAUUCAGAUGAUGAAAACGAGACAUUGAGCUCUGAUGAGAAGGAAACUGAAAAUUUUUCAGUUCAAAACCCAUUUGUGACACAUCAAGGAAACAUCAAAAACGCUAAUCUUGACAAUCAUACCGAGAAAGUAAUCGUGUGCGAAAAGCCAGAAGAUAAAGACAAGGUAAUUUGA